AUGUCAACAGUACCGUGCCAAUCUUUCUCCCGCUCCGCCGGAUGGAUAACAACUGAACCAUGUACUGCAACACAGCCCUAUGUUCCAACCAACCUAGCUGCACCGGAGACACCUCCUCUACAACAAGUUCCACAACAUGUUUACCAAUUUGCAAGAUUGAUACCCGUCAAUGAAGAAGCACGGGUGGCUGUCGAGGCGACAGCGCGGACGAACGUGGAGCAUCAUCGGAAGUUCAUAGGCGAAACAAUUUGGGACAACAGGGCCACAAAAUGCUUUAGCCUGUCUCUGAACACGUUGCCUGAAUUUCCCCAAAUUGGGUGGAGGAUUGGCCGGGGUUGUAGGAAGCUUAGAAACGGUGGUGUGGAUCUUCUCCUGUACGUCGCAGAUGAGGGCCAUGUGGAUCGUGUUGCCGGCCUUCAUGCUCGGUUUAACUGGGUGAAGGGGGCCGGUGGAUUCUUUCUUAUCUCUGACAACGAGAAUAAGAGAGUGGUGGUUAAUGGGGAACCGUUCAGGGCUGAUAAGCGCCUUAUUUACGAGCCCAGAAACGACAUCCUGAUUGGAGGAUGUUUUUUCACAUUGCAAUACGUCAAUCGGACUCAUAGAGAAGAAGGUUACUUUCAAGCUAAAUUAGCCCAGGUGUUUCGUCAGUUCCACCAUGACGAGAACCCCCUGAUAUUGUCUACCCCUGAGAAUUAUGGUCGAUUCGGCAAUUGGAUAGUCCAGUACCCAAUUUCAAAAGGGGCAUUUGGCAUUGUUUACAUGGUCGUCCAUUUUCGGACAGGAUAUCCGGCAGCAGCAAAACGCAUUUUCAAGUCCAGGAGAAAUGCGCCUAGCGUGGACCGAGAAAUGGAGAUGACCAGGCGGAUUUCUCAGGUUGCCCAUAGACGAAUCGUAUCCGCUCUCGCGAUCAUCAACCAACCAGCUCAGGGAAAAGCGGAAAUCGCCAGAAUGAGAUCUCUUCUUGAUGAAACCUGGGAGCCCAUUAUCACGGACGAAUAUAUCAUCAUAUCUCCUCUGUCCAAUGCAACAUUUCGCUCAAUAUACACGUCAGAUGUAUCGCUUGAAGGCAGAAUCAUUUUCUUCGCUCAGCUCUUGGACGCAGUUGCUUUCCUUCACAGCCAUGGCAUCUGGCACCGAGAUAUCAAGCCCGACAACGUACUUGUGAGAACCUAUGAUCCCCCAGAUGCAAUGCUUACGGAUUUUGGAUGCGCAUCCGACAAUCCAAGUAUCCUGUAUGAUCACCCAGGAACUGUGCCAUACCUUGCACCCGAGCAGGUUGAAGGACAAAGACAUGGUCGAGCCGUUGAUUAUUGGAGCUGUGGUAUAGUUGGAUGGGAGCUGUUCGAGAAGAGAAGCGUUCGGGAGAGGAUAUGGCCCGGCCAGGAUCUUGUAUAUUAUCACCAGCGUCUUGAGAGCUCAGACUCGCCGUUGGCUAGAUGUGCUCGAGCUAUGCUGGUGGAGGAUCCGAAUUUACGAAUGACGGCCGCUGAUGCUCUUCCUUUCUUUAAUCACUUGCAAGGAAGUAGGGCAUACCCCUAA